AUGUCUUGGCUCUUCGGCUAUUCGAGACCCCAGGCGUCGGACUUAAAGGGUGAAGGUGCCAUGCCUGCACCUCCUGCCCCGCCACCUCCUAAAAAGGAUGACAAAAGGAGUCUUGAAGAAGCCAUUUCAGGGUUUAGGUUUGACUCAGCAGCUCUAGAAAGAGCGGCUAAAGCCGCUCGAGAACUGGAGAGUUCAAAAUAUGCCAAAGAGGCGUUUGAAUUGUCCCAUAUGAACGAACAUACUCGGCAGUUAGAGUAUCAAUCUAAACUGAAGGAGUAUGAGCUCGGUAUUGAACAAAUGAAAGGGCAGCAAAUACGCAUACAGCAGGAAGAACGGCGAAAAACAUUGGAUGAAGAGGCGAAAAUCCAAAAACAUCGUGUUGAGUACCAGGAUAUGCUUGCGAGGAAGCGUCAGGAUGAUCAGAUGGCUCAACAGACACGUAUGCAUGAGGAAACACUGAGGAAGCAGGAGGAAUCUGUCCAAAAGCAGGAAACAAUGAGACGACAAACUAUUGAGUACGAGGCGAAUUUACGGCACCAGAAUGAGCUUAAGCAAAUUGAAGCUCGGCUUCGGGGUGAAGCCAAAAUUGAACGUGAGAAUCGUGACAUAAGACUGGAGAGGUCUCGUGUUGAAGCGAGAGAACAUCGGGAGACUAUUUUGCAAUCAAUACAAACCGCGGGUUCUGUAAUUGGUGCUGGUCUCAAUGCUUUCUUGGCUGAUCGAUUCAAAGUUGUGACGGCUGUCGGCGCUGCGACUGUUUUGGCUGGUGGUGUUUAUGCCGCCAAGUUUGGAAUGGGCACCUUAGCCCGGUACGUAGAAUCUCGAAUUGGCAAGCCCUCACUGGUGCGAGAAACAUCUAGGCUAAACGUUGUGGAUAUGAUUCGACAUCCAAUUCAGGCUUUCAGAAAGGCGUUCAAUCGCCCUGGCGAUCCUCUAAAAAAUAUAAUACUUGAACCUAGUCUUGAAGCGCAUUUGCGAAAAGUAGCUGUAGCAACGCGGCAUACGAAGGCAAAUGGGGGUUUCUAUAGGAAUGUCCUUAUGGCUGGUCCCCCUGGUACUGGUAAAACUAUGAUGGCUAAGAGUUUGGCACUCCAUUCGGGUUUGGAUUAUGCUAUCAUGACUGGUGGUGAUAUUGCGCCCUUGGGGAGUGAUGGCGUAACUGCGAUUCACAAGGUGUUCAAUUGGGCCAAAACUAGUCGUAAAGGUGUUCUGUUAUUCGUCGAUGAAGCUGACGCCUUUCUGCGAAAGCGCGAACAGGAGCGAAUCUCUGAGGGAAUGCGCGCAACCCUGAACGCCUUCCUUUACCGAACUGGUGAACAAUCCCAAAAAUUCAUGCUGGUUCUGGCAAGCAACCAGCCGGAGCAAUUUGACUGGGCCAUCAACGAUCGAAUGGACGAGAUUGUCUAUUUCGACCUGCCGAAGCAGCGGGAGAGAGAGCGGAUGAUUCGACAGUACUUCGAUCUCUACCUCCUCCAGCCCUCAUUGGACAAGAAGCAGCGCAUCCACCUCGCCGACAACAUUGACUACGCAGCGAAAUGCAAGGAGGUGGCGGCCCGAACUGAGGGCCUCUCCGGUCGUGAGCUUUCCAAGAUCACCAUUGCCUGGCAGACGGCGGCGUUUUCAAGUAAGGAUGGUACCCUAAGCGAGGAGAUGAUGGACAGCGUCGUGGAAAAUGCGGUGGCCGCGAACAAGAAAAAACAGGAGUGGCGGCAGCACCACCUUCCUGACUAUCAGAUGGAACAUCCGCGGCCCCUAACUGUGGGCCAGUGCAGUCCACCGCCCGCCACCUGUAGAUGUACUUGGUCGACCAGCGCCUCCCUACCGCCUUGUCCAUAUGCCCAUUUCAACCCUACGUCAAUAUAUCGUGCGUGUUCACGCCAAUGCCAUGGUCUCUCAGGUUGGGUAUGA